CUAAAAUUCCGAGGUGGAGGAGAGGGGAAAAAUGUAAACUUUUAUCCCCCCUUCCCCUCCACAGUGGAAGGUUGUUCCUUUUUUUUCACCCCUCUUCAUCCUCUCCUCCAUUUUCUUGACAGGUCAUACUUCGUACAACUCGAGCAAAGAUGGCUUUCGGCAAGCUCUUCGGCAUCAAGGGCAACCCCCGCACCACCGUGCUCAAGGUCAUUGCGAAUGCCAACGGCCUUGACCUUGACUUCGUUGAGGUUGAUUUCAAGAACCCGACCGCCGAGCACCUCAAGGCCAGUCCUCUUGGCAAGAUCCCUGCCUUCGUCGGCGAGGACGGCUUCGCCCUUUCCGAGGUCAUCGCUGUCGCUAUCUACCUUACUUCCCAGAACGAGAAGACCACUCUCCUCGGCAAGACCAAGCAGGACUAUGCUUCUAUCCUGAGAUGGCUGUCCUUCUCUAAUUCCGAGGUCCUUCCUCGCCUGGCUGGCUGGUACCGCCCUCUCCUGGGCAUUGACGCCUACAACAAGAAGGCUGUCGAGGAGUCUUCCAAGGCCGCUCUCAAGGCCGUCUCUGUUGUCGAAGAGCACCUCCUUCGCAACACCUACCUCGUUGGCGAGCGUAUUACCCUUGCCGACCUUUUUGCCGCCAGCAUCAUCAGCCGCGGCUUCGAGUUCUUCUUCGGCAAGGAGUGGCGCCAGCAGAACCCCAAUACCACCCGGUGGUACAACACCAUCGUCCACCAGGACAUCUGGACGGCUGUUGCCGGCGAGCAGCAGUACCUUGACCAGCCCAAGCUGACCAACGUCGCGCCCAAGAAGCCCGAGGCUCCCAAGGCCGCCAAGGCCGCCCCCAAGCCCGCCGCUGCCCCUGCUGCUGCUGAAGAUGAGGAUGCCCCCAAGCCCAAGCCCAAGCACCCGCUAGAGGCCCUCGGCAAGCCUUCGGUUGCCCUGGACGAGUGGAAGCGCCAGUACUCCAACAGCAGCACUCCCGACGCCAUGAAGUGGUUCUGGGAGAACAUGAAUUGGGAGGAGUACUCGCUCUGGAAGCUCCAGUACAAGUACAACGAUGAGCUUACCUUGACUUUCAUGUCCAACAACCUCAUCGGCGGCCUCAAUGCCCGUCUUGAAGCCUCGCGCAAGUACGUCUUCGGCUGCGCCUCGGUUUAUGGCGUGAACAACGAUUCGAUCAUUGAGGGCGCUGCUGUCGUUCGUGGUCAGGAUUACCUCCCUGCCUUCGACGUCGCUCCUGAUCACGAGAGCUACACUUUCACCAAGCUCGACCCCACAAAGCCCGAAGACAGGGAGUAUGUUGAGCUCAUGUUCGAAGGCGAGAAGCCGCUGGUUGUGAACGGCAAGGAGUACCCCGCUGCCGCUGGCAAGGUGAUCAAAUAAAAAGGUGUACGGACGGGAGUGUGAUGUGAGAAUGAUGAUGGAUCAUGGCAGGAUGUUUACGAGGUUACGAAAGGGCAAUCCAUGCAAUGAAAUGAUUCUCAUGAGCCCGACUUUUUUUUCCUGUAGGCAAUGCGAUCAUGCCAAGAGCAAGCUGUGAGAGUCUUGCUAUCCACAAAUAAAAAAAAUUGAUCAUGACAAGA